AGAGAGGAAAAAUGGAAGCCGGUGUUCUUCUCAGAGCUCUAAAUCCUUUCAAAUUCAGAGCAAAGUUUUCUGGAUCAUACACAAUUCGAUGUUCUUCAUCUUCUUCCUCUAUCAACAUUCCCACUGGGGCAGGGAAAGAAAUGGGGAGGAGAGCAUAUGAUGGAUUGUUGUUGGAUGCAGCAAAUACACUUUUGCAAUUGACAAAGCCAGUUGAAGAGACUUAUGCUGUGAUUGGCAAGAAAUAUGGGCUGACAACUUCUCCAGCCGAAAUAAAGCAAGGUUUCAAAAGAGCUUUUUCUGCUCCCUGGCCAGAAAAUCUUCGUUAUCAGGAUGAUGGACGGCCUUUCUGGAAGCUUGUAGUUUCUGAAGCAACUGGUUGUAGUGACGAUACCUACUUUGAAGAAGUAUACCAGCACUAUGCAAGUGGCGAGGCAUGGCAUCUUCCAGCUGGAGCUUAUGACACAAUACUGAUUCUGAAACGUUCAGGAGUCAAACUGGCCGUUGUAUCCAACUUUGACACCCGGUUGAGGAAGAUUUUGAAAGAUCUGAAUGUGUUGGAUCUAUUUGAUGCUGUCAUCAUAUCGUCAGAGGUUGGACAUGAAAAACCAGAUACAAAGAUAUUCAGAGCUGCUUUAGAUCAGAUCAGUGUGGAAGCAAUGAAAACUGUUCAUGUCGGAGAUGAUGAAAAGGCUGAUAAAGGGGGAGCAAAUGCUGCUGGAAUUGACUGCUGGCUAUGGGGUGUAGAUGUUAAAUCAUUUGCAGAUAUACAGAACCGCAUUCUAACAGGGCCCUAGCUUUUUUUCAUAUUGGCUCUGACAUUUGAAUGAUACAACUGGACUACAAUCACGUAUUACUUUUAGAGGGAAGCGUCAAAAUCUUGUUGUUUUUGGGUGAUCAGUACGUUAUCGAUUAAUCAUCUGUUUCAAUUCUAAAUUACAAAGUUUAAUGUUUGGCUAUAGGGGCUUUUCAUAAGCUUCAUACUUGUAGUUUUGCAUAGUUGUAUUGUUAUUAGACCAUCGUAAUAAGAGAAACAUCUAUGAGCAGUCGAAAUUGUCUCUCUUCUUAGGGAAUGAUUCAGUAAGCAAUCUUGAUGCAAAAUUGCUUUGGUUA